AUGCCCGGCCCCAUCGAGAUCGUCGAGCCCCCCGUCGUGGUGCGCGACCUCCACGACGACGAAAAGCUGGUCGUCGACGAAUUUGAGCGCCAUGUGAGCCACUGCACUCCCUGCGCCCUCGCCCUCCAGUCCAGCAGUGAUACCCUCUGUGAGCGUGGCCAGCGCCGCGCCAAGGUCGUCACCAAGUACCUCUACAGCGUGGAUGGAAAACACUUCUCGGUCGUGGACAAGGAAAACGGCAAGCCUAUGCGAGUCAAGCUCCUGCGCCAGGGUUCCCAUGCUCGCACGUUGAUCGAGAACAUUGACAAGGGCAUGCGUCUUGCUUCUCCUCGUGGUCGUGCCCCGCCAGUCAUGCCUCCUUCCACUCCUCCCCAGUCCUCUCAUCGCCGCUCUACUUCCAUCCGCAGCUCUUACGAUGCUACAUACCCCGUUGGACCCCGUCGAUCUGGCCCCGUGGUUGAACACCGCGAGCCUCGUUCUCGCUCCAACACGCAAUCCCCUCAGCCCUCGCCCAACACUCGCAUCAUCGAGCGAUCCCCGUCCAACAGCAAGCCCCGAGUCGUCAUCUACCCGUCUCCACACACUUCUCCCAACCGCAGCUCUAACAGCCGUGGCUCGCUGUACAACUCGGACCGCCAGGACCGGGUCGAGCGCCAGUACGAAUCUACUCAGGUUCGUCGUCGCUCCGACUACUACCGUUGA